GUGCAACCCUCCCCACCCUGAAUAUUCAAGCUGUAGUACUGAUUGGGGAACCUCCAAGCAGGAGGAAACCAGACCAGAAGUACAAGUAUCAAGGGAAACUGUGCCAGCCAGGGAUCACAUCCUGUCCAACAGACUGAAAACCAACCAGCUCAAAGAUGAAAUCAUCGACGAUCCACUCCUUCGCACCAAGGAUCAUCUCAAAUUCCCAGAACACCAGCCUGUCCGAUUUGAGUUCGAGUAUGGACAUCAAAAGAUCCUCGUUGGAGCUGGACGAUCCAGAAAUAAUUGGCCGAGGCGUAAGUAUGAUGAUGUGAGAAUCUUCCGAGACCUAGAUGUAUCUCACAAAGUCACAUUCCUGAUUCAGGCUACGGAAACUUUCAAGGAGGGUAUGAGUCAUUUUGUAGCGCAACCAUCCCCAGCAUUGCCACCUUGGUGUCGUUCUAGACGAGACAUCGUCAACCUUAAGCCCAGUUUGAUGAGUCUAGUUAAUACUUAUACGGCUUCGGCAAAAAGGAUAUCGACGAGAGAGACCCAGAAGCCAGGAGGAUACUUUGCAAAAGACACAGAUUUGGGGUGUGUCAAUUUGCCACGAGUCCCCACCGUCUUAGUAGCAGCAUCAACUGCGAAUGCCGUUCCCGCCCCGGCUGCCACUCCAGCGCCAGAAGGUCGUAUACUUGUUUUCACUCUUGUCGAGUGUAUCAAUGCCGCUGAACCUGGCGUCCAAUUCAAGACGAUUGAUCUUGAGAAGGGUGUUUGCAAACCCAUUAGUCCAGCUUUCACCGCCUUCAAGGCAGCGGUGGACUAUCCUUGUCCUGCCGGCAAAAAGCCGUCUGUCACUGCAUUUUCAGGAGACGAUUGCACCGGCGGCCGGGCUGUUAUAGAUACAUUUACUGCUGAUGGAGGAGCGGGCGCCGCAUGCGAGAAUAUCUUACUUGAUACAUCAGGUACUGGCCUCCCAAAAGCCGGGGGAGAAGCGCACGAUUCGAUUGCCUUGGCUGAGCUGCGUUCGAAAGGAUGGAUCUAUGCUAGAAAUGGUCCCGUACCUAUUGCUACGAGCAGAUGGAUUCACUCUAGGAAGUAA